UUAUUGUUGGGUAAAUUGCAAAAUAAAUACAUAAAAAACUAAACAAAUCAGUAGAUUUGUAUGAAGAUAAAAAGAAAACCAGAGCAAGGAAGAGUAUUGCGGAGUGCCACUAGUGUCAUGUGCGGUAAAUGACCGUAGCAGUCCGGCUACGUAGCAGUUAGCAUUAGCCACACACUGUUGUCUGUAUUGCAGGCACAGUGCGACAUUUUAACAUUUGAAGUAGUAAGUGUUUUCCAAUAGCAGUUUGCCCGUAACGUAGACACUGACACCGCGCUGUCCCGGGAGACUAACGUAAUAAAAACGUCAGCCGAACGACAGGCCGCAAAUGGAGCUGGGGACCUCGCGUGAAAUCCUGAGCGCCGCGGAGUGCCCUGUACCGACCGGUGUGCGGGAGGAGACCCCGGGGGAAGAGGCGACAGGAGGAGAAGGCAGCACCGGGAUGUUUAAGCGGAGAGCAGACGAAGACACCGCGGCGGAGAUGGAGGUGGAAGCGUGUGAGGAGGAUUGUGGUGAUGAUGCUGAGAACCGGAUUAAAACCGAGGAGGAAGAUGCUGGAAAACACGAGGAGGAACUGGACCCCAGAAUUCAGGAGGAGCUAGAGCACCUCAACCAGGCCAGUGAUGAGAUCAACAAACUGGAGUUGCAGCUGGAUGAUGCCAGGUCCAGCUACAGGAGGAUUCUCACUGAUUCUGCAAGGAAGCUCAACGCUCAGGGCUCCCAGCUCGGUGCCUGCAUUGAUAAAGCAAGACCCUACUAUGAAUCCCGCAGACUUGCCAAAGAGGCCCAACAGGAGACCCAGAAGGCAGCUCUGAGAUAUGAGAGGGCUGUGUCCAUGCACACUGCUGCCAGAGAGAUGGUGUAUGUGGCUGAGCAGGGCCUCUUGGCAGACAGGAACACCAUGGACCCAACCUGGCAGGAGAUGCUCAACCAUGCCACCUCCAAGGUGAACGAGGCAGAGGAGGAGCGCCUCCGCAGUGAGCGGGAGCAUCAGCGAGUCACACAGCUCUGCCAGGACGCAGAGGCUCGAGUCCAGACCCUCCAGAAAGCCCUGAAGAAGGUCAUCCUUAAAUCCAAACCAUACUUUGAACUUAAAGCUCAAUUCAAUCAUAUUCUGGAGGAACAAAAGGCUAAAGUAGUACAGCUGGAGGAACAGGUGGCAAAAGUAAAAACACGUUACUCUGUGGCCCUUCGGAACCUGGAACAGAUCAGCGAGCAGAUCCAUGCGCAGAGGGGGCGAAUCAGGGUCAGCAGGGGAAGUCCUGCAGUCUGCGGGGGACGGAGCUCCCCUGUAGGUGCCGAGGCAGAGGUCCGUGCCACCAUCGGGGUCCACGUCAGCAGCUGUAUGGGAGUCGGCGGGAUAGAGAGCGACUGGGCGGACGGCGAGAAAACCAGGCUGUGGGUAGAGAGGCACAGAGAGAGUGGCUGGGGCCAGAGGGAGCGGCUGGAGGUGGAGCAGGCCAGCUCAGACUGCAUGUCAGUCAUCAGCCUGCAGACUAUCGCCUCUGACCUGGAAAAGUGUGACUCAGUGGAGCAUCUGGGUGACCUGAGUGAUGCUGGGAGUGUGCUGGGUGAAGAAUGGGACUGCGACAGGAAGCCUAAUGAGAGGCCAGUCAGUAGGGUGGUGACCGAGGGGCCCCGGCAGGAGGAAGCCCAUCAGGAGAAGGCAGCCGUUAGUAAAGAGAAGCAGGAGAGCUUCAUAAAGCAGCACCACAGAAGCAUUAGUCUAUGAUUGUCAGUAGGAGGAAACUGAUGGAUAAUGACGAGUGAGGGUCAUGGCGAGCAUUUGAUAAGUGAUCAGAGAGGAAAUUAGAGGAGAGAGAGAAACUGACUGAGAGCGCUGCGCUGACACUGCAUUAAGGAAUAUCAGGCAGGUACAUUGGCUGCACACUAAUGAAUCACUAUGUGACAGCAAUAAACAGAGAGCAGUCCUGCAGAGAGCACUGACCUCCCCUCAUGCUUGUACUCAGUCUGUUGCCCCACAUGCCGAAACAUCAACACAAGUUUUCAUGCUCUUUGUGCAAACUAAUCCCUGUCGAGUACCAACAGGCAAUUUAGAAGCAAUGCAAACACAUGCUAGUUGUCGUCAAGUCAAGUCGUCUACUGUGCUGGCAUAGUAUCAACUUUAAGUUCUGAUAACACUGGAUUCACUUAAGUAACUGCUGAGAUCUGGGAACACGGGUUCUAAACAAGUUUAUCACCUAAACCUUAUUUGGUGGUCCAACUGUAAGUGAGUUCACCUGAAAUGUUGUUAAUAAUCCCUUAUUACACAGUGAAACUGUUGCCCACAACUGCAGUGUGUAUGUAUAAUAUGUAGUGUUGGGACUAAUUAUAUUAUUGCGUAUUGCGAAAAAAAACACUCAUAAUACUAUCACAGGCGAACUUCAACCAAUCAACGUAGUCAAAUCCUUACUGAAAUCAGUUGGAAGUAGAGAGAAAACCUCUUUUCUGUUUGCCCGGGUCGUGAGGUUAGGGUCAACUCUCCAUAACCCAGACUAACUAUUGUCUCUGCGUUCUGUGUAUGCUAUAGCAUGGGGGGAUGGGAGGCAUCAUUUUGAUAAACCUUUACUGUCUGGUGCAAGAUAUCUGCAUUAACAAUUACUACAACCUCUAAUUUCAUGGCUAUGAGGAGUAUGUGCUGCAUCAGUGGUAGCAUGUGCAAAGCUGCUGGUAAUGAAACUGAAAACGUCGAGCUUAAACAAAAUAAAAUAAUGAGCUGUCAGCCUCCAGACAAACUAAUAUUUACCCUCAGUAGCUGACAGAUACAGGAGGAAAAACUCAUUUUGUUGUUUUUUUUUUUUUAUUUGUCAGUGACUUUAACCAGUUCCAUUACUUUGAUCGGGGAGGUGCAUUCUUCACAUUGGGAACAUACAUCCAUGACGGGAGCCAUGUCACACCUCAGCAAAGGUGUGAUCUAACCCCAACCCUAACCCGCCCAAAGAUUGUCCUCGUUAACUAGUAGUCUUUAGAUAAAGGCAAUAUUCGCCUAGUCAUAGCACUUUUAUUAUAUUAAUUAAAUUAUUCAAAUAUAUAGAUUUUAACAGCCGCCUGUUAAAUGAAACGGAAAAAGUGGUAAUGAUUCUGUGUCAGAACAACCAAGACUGAACAUUUAGUUAAUUUACUACAACACAGUAUAACAUCUGUUACGUGUCAUUGUACUUUUUCUAUCCUUUUGCCUGUGUGUCUGUUAUGUCUCUGUGUUCAAGGUGCAGUCCUGAGUGAUGAUUGAGGGCACCUGCAUGAAGCUGUGGGUGUGGCCUAUAAAAGUGGAUCCUUUCUCCACCCUCCCUCUUUCUCUCAACUCACUGGCACAAGAUCACAGCCUUUGUUUGUGUUGCUCUUCCUUUGUCUUUUUGGUAAUAAAUGUAUUCCUUUGCAUCGUACCAAUAUGGUGUCUCUUAAAUGUGUUGUGGCUUUGAGCCGGUCUCAGUCAUUUCAGUGAAGACAGGCCUGGGGUGGGGAAAGGUCUGAGUGAGUCCAGUGAGGACAGCACUGAACCUUUCCGUAUGGAGGGGUUGGUGGCCACCUCUGAGUCAGAGGAGUUUGUCCCAGUUCGUAUCCUAAGAGAUACAGCAGCCGCUCAGUCUUUGUUGGUGGAGGGAAUAUUGCCCCUUUCUGAAGAAACCUCUACUGGUGAAAAUGCUUUGGUGCGUGGGUGUGGACUGACUUGGUUUGAAGUCCCAUUGCAUGUUGUGUACUUACAGUCUGGUUUGGUUACAGGCCCUGUGGCAGAGGCUAUUCAUCCUGAACUUCCUGUAGAAGGAGUGGACAUGAUGAUUGAAGUGUUUCCUGCUUGUGUUGUAACUCGCGCUCAGUCACGUAAGGUUGAGGAUGUGGUAGACCUUUCAGAAAUGUUUAUAGCUCCAUGUGAAGAAACUGUUGGGACUGCGUCUAAUGGUCCCUCUGCCACUGCUGAGUUAACUUUAGCUAAGCAGUUUACUGAUUGCACUGUAGCUGAUACUUUUGAGGUUACAUUGUCCAGUCCUGUCACCUUGUCUGAUGAGUCUGAGACUCAAGUAAAGGUUGGCAGGGAGCAGCUGAUAGAGGCUCAGAAGGCCGAUCCUUCUUUGGCUAAGUGUGUAGCAGCAGUGUUGCCUAAAGAUGCCAAAAUCUGGUCACCAGUUUCUCCUGACUUUAAUGUGUGCUACAACUCGAUACCCAAAGGCAAUUCCACUGCCUUCCCUCAAAGCCAAGGUGGUAGUGAAAGAAUUGAUGAAAUUCUGUACCACUUUUGGGUUGCCAAAGGUCAUUCAACCACCAAUUCACCAGGGUACCAAUUUUAUGUCAAAAGUGUUUUCUCAGGUUUUAGAAGUGUUGGCUGUGAAACAUCAGGUCUCUAGCACCUACCACCCAGAGAGCCAGGGGGCACUAGAGCACUUCCACCAAACCCUUAAGACUAUGUUGCGUGCUUAUUGUCUUGAAACUGGUAAGGAAUGGGACGAAGGUAUACCAUUCCUGCUUUUUGCUAUUCGAGAGACUGUUCAGGAGUCAUUGGGUUUCAGUCCUGCGGAACUGGUAUUUGGCCACACAGUUCGUGGACCGUUGAAGUUGUUGCGUGAGCAGCUUCUAGUCAAAACGUGCUGGACUAUGUCAGUUCUUUCAGAGAGCGUCUUCAUCAUGCCUGUGAGGUAGCAAAAGAAGCACUGUCUGGCUCCCAAUCUAAAAUGAAGGCUCACUUUGAUAAGGGUUCUAUUGAACGCAGUUUUAAACCUGGAGAUUCUGUGUUGGUUUUUCUUCCUAUUCCUGGUUCAGUGCUUCAAGCUAAGUUCACUGGCCCUUAUGUGAUCGAAAAGAAACUGAGUGAAACCAAUUAUGUUAUUGGUACUCCUGAUAGGAGACGAAAGACUUGUGUAUGUCAUGUGAACAUGCUCAAGCCUUAUGUUGACAGGUUCGCUGAAACGUCUCUCUCCCCUCCAGCUAUGUGUUGCCUGUAGCUGUAACAGCAUUGCUGCCAUGCUAUUCUCCUCUGGAUGAUAAGCUAGUGGUGCAAGAUGCUCCUGUUCUGUGUGCUCGGCUGCCGAAUUCCCAAGUAUUAGGCGAUUUGGACAAUCACCUGUCUCAUCUUUCUGGGACAGAUAAGAGUAAUAUUCUCAAGUUAAUUGAAAGCCGUCAUUCGCUAUUUUCAGAUGUACCGACCCAAACCACUGUGUUACAGCAUGACAUUGAUGUUGGUGACUGUCUUCCUAUUAAGCAGCAUGCCUAUUGCGUGAAUCCCACAAAAAGAGCUCAAAUGCAAAUAGAGGUUGAGUAUUUGCAACAGCAUGGCCUGGCUGUUCCCAGCUUCGGUGCCUGGAGCUCUCCGUGUUUAUUAGUGCCAAAGUCUGAUGGAACACCACGCUUUUGUACUGAUUAAAGGAAACCUAAUGCUGUAACUAAACCAGAUUCUUUUCCUCUUCCUCGUGUAGAGGAUUGCAUCGAUAGAGUUGGAGCUGCUCGCUACGUCACCAAGUUGGAUCUGCUAAAGGGCUACUGGCAAGUACCGUUAACACCACGUGCUUCUGAGAUCUCUGCAUUUGUGACACCAGACAGGUACAUGCAGUAUACAGUCAUAGCAUUUGGUAUGCGCAAUGCCCCUGCCACUUUCCAGCGCCUUAUGAAAAUGGUGCUGUCUGGUGUGGCAAACUGUGAGGUCUACCUUGAUGAUGUGGUAGUCUAUUCUGCUGACUGGCAGUCCCACGUGGAAACCUUGUCUGUUGUGUUUCAGUGUUUGCAAGAUGCUUCCCUCACACUGAAUCUGGCAAAAUGCGAGUUUGCCAAGGCCACCGUCACUUAUCUUGGCAAGAAGGUUGGUCAGGGUCAAGUGCGGCCAGUAGAUGCCAAAAUAACAGCUAUCGCUGAGUUCCCUGUUCCCACCAGUAAGCGGGAACUGCGUCGCUUUCUUGGACUAGCUGGUUAUUAUAGAGGGCUCUGCCGUAACUUUGCUGCAAUUGUGUCUCCUUUGACUGACCUCCUUAGCCCCACCAAGGAUUUGUUUUGGGACACCAAGUGUGAGCUAGCUUUUCAGUCCGUAAAAGCGCUUCUCAGCUUUUCUCUGGUUUUGUUGGCUCCUAACUUUGCAAUGCCGUUUAAGUUGGAGGUUAAUGCAAGCGGGACUGGUGCUGGUGCUGUAUUGCUGCAGGACGCUUCUUCAGGUAUCGAUCAUCCCGUUUGUUAUUUUUCCAAGGAGUUCUCUGGAGCCCAACACAGGUAUAGCACUGUCGAAAAAGAGACUUUUGCCAUGCUUUGGGCCCUCCAACAUUUUGAGGCUUAUGUUGGCUCAACACCACAGCUGGUGUUGGUUUUUACUGAUCACAACCCUUUAGUCUUCCUUAACCGCAUGUAUAAUAACAACCAACGGCUCAUGCGGUGGGCUCUUAUGGCCCAGAACUUUAAUAUAGAUAUUCGGCAUAAGAAGGGGUGUGAUAAUGUUGUGGCCGAAGCCCUCUCACGUGUAAUCUAGGAUAUUGAUGCUGACAGCAUGGCUGUCAUCUUAAGGGAGGGGGUGUUACGUGUCAUUGUACUUUUUCUAUCCUUUUGCCUGUCUGUUAUGUCUCUGUGUUCAAGGUGCAGUCCUCAGUGAUGAUUGAGGGCACCUGCAUGAAGCUGUGGGCAUGGCCUAUAAAAGUGGAUCCUUUCUCCGCCCUCCCUCUCUUUCAACUCCCUGGCUCAAGAUCACAGCCUUUGUUUGUGUUGCUCUUCCUUUGUCUUUUUGUUAAUAAAUGUAUUCCUUUGCAUCGUACCAAUACGGUGUCUCUUAAACGCAACACAGGUUUCAUUGUUCAAAACACGUAAUAAAUAACUUCCAGCCUUUCUAAAACAAAUACUGGCAGACUUAUCCACACGAUGGAUGAUUAACAGUUACUUACUAAUUAAUUUGUAUUAAUUUGUCGCUCAUUCCAGCCUCGCUCCUUAGCAGUAUUUCCCAUUGGGCCCUGUGCUCCUAUGCUAGUAGUGUUUAAACUCCGCCUGUCCUUCAAGCUCCAAGUCCGGGUAAAGUCAGUUUAUAGAACUGCUAACUAGCUAGUACAGUUAGCACAUGCAACAGUUCACCGGUAAGAGCCUCCCUGUGUUACAAGAGGAAAGGUCCAUUUUGCAACAGUCUCCUGAUACUGUGGUCCUGGUGACGAGCAGCUCCCGAUUUUGUUUUUCUGUGACUAUCUGACUAAUGCAAAGUGGGUUGUCUAACACCCUGUUCACAUAUGCCGCCUGAACAGCGUGUAGUGCCUCCUGCGCUUGACAGCUGCAUCUCCCACGCACGCUGUGUUCACACCGAGAGCAUGUUGUGCGAUGUUGCCACGCCUGUGUUUCCCUAUACACUUUUCCCUGUAUAAUGUCCAUGAAAAAUCUAAAAUUUCCUAUCAUUAAAUUUUCAAUGCCAUAUAGUUUUAAUGUGGUAACCAGAAAGCAUGUGUGAUUUGUUUACCCGAGAGAGUGAGCGAGAGAGAGACAGCCAGUGGAAAGAUACUGCCCGUCAUCCGGCUCACUUCCAGAAAUUCUUCUACAAAUUCUUUUCAAGUGAAGUCGUGUUAAAUAAAAGAUUACUACAGUGCUUUUACUUUUAACAAUCGAAACUCUACUGAAAUAUAUGGAUAUGACUACCAACAUAUCCUUUCACUGUACUCUUGGGCUCACGGUAAAAAAUAGGCAAGACCAUGACUCUCUAGUGAAGCCUUGCUGCAGACACAGCUGAGGUGCGUAUGAGACAUGACCACUCUAAUUUGUUAACAUGGGCGCCAAAAUAAAAAUCAAGACGUUCUACCACGCAGACUUGGGCAGUCUGAAUAAGCCUCUUCUCAGCAACUAACAGUUAAGACGACUGUUAACGGGCAGCUAUACAAAAUGUAUAGUCUAUAAGUGCAAGACCCUUAGAAGUAGUUUGCCUCGUUGUCGAGGGCCCUUCAUCAUCUCCUUGAUCUAUGGCAUGCCCUAUUGGCCUCUCAGUAAACUAAGCUAAUAAUCUUAUGUUGUUGUAAAACUGGAGGACACUAGCGAGCAAAGCAUGGAGCAAAGCCGUCCUGAGCGAACAAUCGUGACACCAAAGCUUCUGAGAAGCUUCUGCCAACUUUGUACAAAGCAGCUGUCUAACUCUACAGCCACAACAAAUGUGCCACUUAUGUUGAUGUUAUGUUUUCCUGUAUGGCGUUAUGCAGUUGCACUAUGGGUUUUGAGAUUAUUCGUUCAAAUGAAUUGCAUGCCAUUUCAAGUUUGUUCGAAAUUAAUUUUUUGAAAAAGGAACAGCCAUACCUGCCAGCCCAAUAUUUCCACUGAUACAAACUUAAGUCAAACAAAACCAAUUUACUAAUUAACUAACCUAUCUAUCAGCCGACAUCAUCAUUAGGUUGCUGUUCCAUGUCCUCCUGUUUACUGCCAUGAAACCAGAGGCCUAAGUCUCUGCUAUUGCACAUUUGCAAACUAUUGCCAUAUCCCAAGUUAUGCCGAUGGAAAUAGCCAAAUAUUUGAUAAGUUGGUGAUUUAUUUUAUUUUUAUUUAAAGUGCCUAUGACUCCUAAUAAUUGGGUUCGGUUAGCCAAAAAUGAUCACACUAUUGAAAAAUCUAAGAGGUUGAUGCUACAUAUAUAUAUAUAUAUAUAUACAGUUACAUUAAAAUAUAAUGUAGAAUUAUUUAAAGGAGCUUAAGUGAAACCAGGAGAGUCUGUUUCAACUGAGACAGCUGUAGUCUGUAAUUAAUUCUUUUUUAUAUUAUGUCGUGUUAUGUUGUAUAUUAUUUAUUAUAAUAAUUAUUAUGUUUAAGGUAAAUCCAAGCUGUAUGAUUUAAACGGCAAUGUUUGACACUGAUGAUAGAGAUAUAUUUUGUAUUCGUUGUCUUCAAAUGCAAAUACAGAAAGUUCCCAGAGUUCAGUGUUUUUCCCGGAAGAUUAUCAGUUUCAUGUUUGAAAUAUUUCCACAUUUAUGUUUGUGUAUGAAUUAUGCAAAAGAGAUUUGUGUUGUGUGUUUUGAACAGUCAGGCUAGCUGUUACUCCAUGUUUACAGUCUUUAUGCUAAGCUAGGGUAUCCACAUCCUGAUUCCAGUUCCAUACAGACAUGAGAUUAAUAUCCAUUUUAACAUCUCACUCAUAAAAAGGAAAAGUCACAGCAGGUUUUGAAUUUUCCAUCAGUACAGAGUAGGACGAUACUAAUGGGUAUCUGACUUUCAAUAAAAGUCCAAUAUCAGCCUGACAUAUUGGGAAAACGAUAAA